AUGUCCGAACUCUUCGACAGCUACGCCUCCGAUCUUCAGCAGCUGAAGGACAGCGUCUGCCAGAAGAUCGACCAGGCCAAGUCCCAGAAUGGCGAAGCGAAAAACUCGACACUGCGCAGAGCAGAGAUGGAAGUAGAGGAGGCAGAAGAGGUCAUCUCUCAGAUGGAUAUUGAAGUGCAAGGCUUUCCGCAGUCAGUGCGGUCACGCUACUCGGUGCAGAUCAGAGGCUUUAAGCAAGAAGUGCAGGCGCUUACAAAGCAAGUUCGGGCAGGGCUUUCGGCUUCUUCAGGUGGAGCUCGUGGUGGAAACGACGCAGCAUAUGCAGAUGAAGAUGUAGAUGUCGAAGCCGAUGCUGCUACUGCGAAUCGUCAAAGAUUGCUACAAGGCACCGCAUCGCUCGAAGAUGGAACACGGAGGCUUGAGGAAUCCAAUCGUCUCGCACUUGAAACUGAAGACCUCGGCGCUGAUAUCCUUCGCGAUCUCAGAAGUCAAAGAGAACAGAUCGAGAACUCCAGAGAUACUCUCCGACAAGCCGACCAAAGCAUCGAUCGCUCCUCCCAGACUCUGUCCAGGAUGAUCCGUCGGGCCAAACAGCAAAAAUUGGUUACCAUAGGCAUCAUUGUCUGCCUCGUUCUUUUGAUCCUUCUCAUUCUGUACAACAAGCUCUUCUGA